AAUAAUAAUAAUAAUACUAAUAAUAAUAAUAAUAAUAAUAAUAAUAAUAAUACUAAUAAUAAUAAUAAUAAUAAUAAUAAUAAUAAUAAUAAUAAUAAUAAUAAUAAUAAUAAUAAUAAUAAUAAUAAUAAUAAUAAUAAUAAUAAUAAUAAUAAUAAUAAUAAUAAUAAUAAUAAUAAUAAUAAUAAUAAUAAUAAUAAUAAUAAUAAUAAUAAUAACAAUAAUAAUAAUAAUAAUAAUAAUAAUAAUAAUAAUAAUAAUAAUAACAAUAAUAAUAAUAAUAAUAAUAAUAAUAAUAAUAAUAAUAAUAAUAAUAAUAAUAAUAAUAAUAACAAUAAUAAUAAUAAUAAUAAUAAUAAUAAUAAUAAUAAUAAUAAUAAUAAUAAUAAUAAUAAUAAUAAUAAUAAUAAUAAUAAUAAUAAUAAUAAUAAUAAUAAUAAUAAUAAUAAUAAUAAUAAUAAUAAUAAUAAUAAUAAUAAUAAUAAUAAUAAUAAUAAUAAUAAUAAUAAUAAUAAUAAUAAUAAUAAUAAUAAUAAUAAUAAUAAUAAUAAUAAUAAUAAUAAUAAUAAUAAUAAUAAUAAUAAUAAUAAUAAUAAUAAUAAUAAUAAUAAUAAUAAUAAUAAUAAUAAUAAUAAUAAUAAUAAUAAUAAUAAUAAUAAUAAUAAUAAUAAUAAUAAUAAUAAUAAUAAUAAUAAUAAUAAUAAUAAUAAUAAUAAUAAUAAUAAUAAUAAUAAUAAUAAUAAUAAUAAUAAUAAUAAUAAUAAUAAUAAUAAUAAUAAUAAUAAUAAUAAUAAUAAUAAUAAUAAUAAUAAUAAUAAUAAAAAUAAUAAUAAUAAUAAUAAUAAUAAUAAUAAUAAUAAUAAUAAUAAUAAUAAUAAUAAUAAUAAUAAUAAUAGAAAUAAUAAUCAUUUUUGCCUUUCUCAUAUA